AUGGUGCAGCCGGCCUCCUCCUCUCUCUCCCUCCCCUUGCUCUCACUCGCUUCAGCACCCUCCUCGCUGUUGGCUGCAUACCCAGAAAUAUCGGCGUCGUCUCAUCGUCUUCAUCGAUACGAGCAUCUCUAUCGGACCACGCGUCCAUGCCUCCCCAUCUACCGUGCUGGAGUAGCCGCCUCCUGGUUGAGGUAUCGCACUGCCACCGCUGCCGCUGCCUGGGUCCCUCCUCUUGCUCCUGCCGAGGCUGAGGUGAGCACCAUGAGGAAGAGGAUGUCAGUAGCUGAUAUAGAGAGCUCCUCGACCGGGGAAGUUGCAGUUCUGGAGGAACUCGAAGAUGUCAUUUUUCAGGAUUAUGGCAAGGAGCAGUGGUCGUUCGGGUUCUGGGGGAACGACAUGCACAGGUUAACUCCGCAAUUCAGAAAUUCAGUCUUUGUAUUGACAUCCGAGACGAAGAGAAGUGCUGCAGAGACGCGUUUUAUUUCAAAGUUACGAUACUUAUAA